AUGCAUACUCGUUUGACACCUAGUGUAAGCCUCGUUAUCUCGUUCCAUUCCACUGGGCGACUUGUGACACACCCGUCAUGCUGUCACUACACCUACCAACCUACCGCGCAGGUGUCGUUUCACCACCACCCUCAGUGCUGUGCCAUCCCAAUCGCACCACACGCCCCUCCCGCUCUUCUCCCUCUCCCUGCUAAAUCUACUUUUGCCCACUCGUUUUCCUCCUGCCCCGACCUCCGCACUCGCCGCCUUUCGUCUUUCGACUGUCAUCGAGGUCAUCCGUCGAAGAGCAUGCGGCCACCGGUCAACGCGCCCCUGACCCUAGCGGGCGACCCCUCCCCAGCCCCGCCAGCAUUGCCGCCUCUCCCAUCCUCCGCCUUCCCCACCGGGUCUCGCGAGCGGCUGCGCGCAUUGCUUGCGGAGGCCACGGCGAAUGCGCCAUCCGCAGGCGACGAUGCGCGCGCCUCCGCGCAAACGGCAUCAGUGGCGUCCGCCGAACCCUGCGUCGCGGAUGGCGCGUCCGCCCUCGCCGCGUGCUCGUCGGUGGGCCGAGGAGCACAUAUAAAGGGCGGCGAGGCGCGGUACGGCGCAGCGGACAACGUGGCGUGCGUCGCAGGUGAUGUGUGGGAGCGAGGGGCGACGGCGGAGAGGGAACGGGAGGCGAUGGCGGAGAGCGAGGCACGGGGAGCGGGCGACGAAGAUGGCUCCGAGGGGCACAUGCCGUGGGGAUGGGGCGCGCAAGGGGAGGGCACCAUGCAGCUGCAGCAUGCGGGGGGGUUCGUACCGCAAGUGGCGGACAGCAGGCAGCCAGUCGGCGACGCCGCCGUCACCUCCGCCAACCCUUUCGCGCGCCCUCCUGCGCCGGCGCGGAUUGCCACAGUGCCGCCCGCGGCGUGCGCCAAGCGGCGCCCCCCCAGCGGGUCAAAGAGCUUCGCCCAGCGACUGGCGGCUCGCGCUACUGCUGGGAGGGGGGAUGGCGGUGAUGGCGGCGAGGGAGGCGCGGAAGGGGGCAGCGCGCGCGGCAUGGCGAGCGUGCCCGCGCGGCUGGUGACGGGCGCACCCGCGUCCGGGCCCGUGUGCUUCCUCAUCGCGGGGGGGCUCAGCCCAGCCGCCCUGCUGGACUCGCCCGUGGUGCCGCGCUCCCAGCCCGCCGCCAGCACAGCGCCCCUGCUGGAAGGGGGUGGUGGGGCGCAGGCAGGGGGAGGUGGGGUGGUGAAAGGGCGCAUGGCGGUGGCGGAUGAGGAGGAGGAGGGGGAGCAUGGGGGACGGAGGAAGCGGCAGCGGAUGGAGGGCGGGGAUGAUGGGGCGGUGUCAUGGAGUGACAGAGGAGGGCGGAGGGGCGGGGCGAUGGGGCAGGAGGAUGGUAGAGUGGGUGGCGGGCAGGGGGAGAGCGUGCGUGCAGCCUUGGCGCUCGGGCUAGGUGGGGAUGCGGAUGGAUGGGGGGCGCGGAUGGGGGAGGGGGAGCAGAUGGGUGCAGGGCGAGCGAGGGACGCAUUGGGGAUGGAGGCAGUGGUGGCGGGUGAUGUGGCGGUGGCGGGUGCACGCCCACACCACAUGGCCCUCACUGCCAUGCACCCCCACACCUGCAUGCUGCCUUGCUCCGCCGCCCCUCACAUUGCUGCUGACGGCAGUGCCAUUGAAGGGGGACAUGGCGGCGCGCAGCAGGGCACGGCAGUGGGGGUGGCAGGUGAUGGCGUGGCAGUGCAUGCAGGCGCACAUGGGGAGGCCCAGAAAAAGGUGCUCCCUGGAGCAGCGGUAAGGGGCGAGGCCUUGCGGCAACAGAGAGUAGCACGGUGGCAAGGCAACGGGGGUUCGGCGCAGGCGCUGCAAGGGGUGGCAGGCAGCGAGAUGCACAGCUGGGUGCUGCACAACAGGGUCGAUGGGGAGGAGGAUGCGAGAGGCGAGGCUGGGCAUGUGCAUGGGGAGGAUGGGGCGGGGUGGGAAGUGGAGGAUGAGGAGGAUGCGAUUGGAAAAGAGGAUAUGGAAGAGGGCUGGACGGAUGGGGGAGGAGAGGCAAAGGCGGUGGGUGCAGGAGCAGCGGCAGCAAGCGGGGCAGUGGACGGGUACAGCUGGCAUAAGUACGAGCAGAAGGAGGUGCGUGGGGGGGGAGGAAUGCGCAGCUACUACGGAUGCACAGUGCCCGGGUGCCCUGCCAAGAAGCGCGUGGCGCUGGCAGUGCAUGGCCACGCCGCACACUGCCAGUACCACGGGCACCACAGCCAUGCGCCUCCACUGCCCCCUGCGGCCCCUGUCUACACGCCUGCUGCCGCUGGCAGCGCUGGCAGCGUGGGCUUGGGUGGGGAGUCGAGCAGUGCGAGUGGCGUGCAAAGGGAGGGGAACUCCGCUCAUGGCUUUGCUGGCUACGCGGACAGAGGCGCAGCGGCGGAAGGUGUGGGGCAGGGCAGAGGCGAGGAGGAGAGGAGAGGAGAGGAGAUUGAGAUAGGGAAAGAGGCGAGUGCGUGGGAGAAGGAGGGAAGGGUGGGGCAGAGCGAGGAUGCAUCGCGGUCGAGGAGCAGCUUUGAGGGUGGCGAGGCCGACGCAGGUGUGGGGAGGAGGGCGGAGGGCGAGGCGACCAGCAAGGAGCAGCGCAAGAGGCGUCCGGAGCCGUUUUGUGGGCAGCGUGUGCAGCGCGGGCCCAAGGUGGUGGUGCGCGCCGUGAGCACGGUGGAGCUGCUGGACGACGGGUACCGCUGGCGCAAGUACGGCCAGAAGCUUGUGCACGGCCGCCGCUUCCCCAGGAGCUACUACAAGUGCACGCAUCCGGGGUGCAUAGUGAGAAAGCACGUGGAGCGGUGUGAGGACGACCCCAGGGAGGUGGUCACCACGUACGAGGGCAAGCACAGCCAUGCCGUGCCCACCGCGCGCUCCACCUGUGUCUUCAUGGCCCUUGACGGGCCCGGCGUGUUCUCUCUCUCAUCCGCGGGAGGGGAAGGGGAUAUUUCUGGACCAAGUAGUGAAAAGGGGGGGACAGUGAGCAAGAAGAGUAGUGUUUGA